ACGUAAAAGAAACGUGAGAAGUACAAAAAACACUUCCAAGAUCAGCAAGAAUUAGUUAUUUAUUUCAAUUGAUAGUUAUCAGAUUUAACAGAAAACUGUAAGCAUGAGUGGUCCAGGAGUGCAAGAUGAGUCCGAGCGAAAGAGUGAACUCGAAGAAGAAAUGUCAAGAUUUGAACAAGAAAUAUUAGGACACCCCGUAUCAAARCCGCCAAUCAUUUCAGCCAACACAUUUAAGAUAGCAUCGCAAGCAAUACAAGAAGCUGCAGUUGUACAACAACCCUUACUUAGACCACCUGUAGCCCAUGGAAUACGUCCACCACCAUCACAAUACUUCCGUCCACCUAACAUGCCACCUAGACCGCCAAUAAUCAAUCAUGGUAACCUCCCCCCUCCCCCUCCAAAUCCAAUGCUAGUGAACCCUGCAAUACCAAUUGGUGGUUAUCAGCCUAAUAAUGUUCCACCAGUAAAUAACCAAAUGAUGCAACCUCCACCUAUUAUCCCUCAUCCUGCCCCAGUACAUCAGGCACCAAUUCCAAUGCCGUCUUAUCAAGUACCAAUGGUUGGCCCAGCGGUCUAUCCUGUUAACCCAUCAGGGUCAGCCUUACCUAGUAUUACACCUGCAGAACAAAAAGAAUGGGAAUCAGCUUACACACAUAGUGAAGGAGAYACUGAAAAGAAAAAAACAAAAGAGAAGAAAUUUAUCAGAGUUGCCGGAAAUCAAGUAUGGGAAGAUGCUUCUCUUAAUGCCUGGGAUCCAAAUGACUUCAGGUUAUUUUGUGGAGAUCUUGGCAAUGAAGUCACAGAUGAAAUGCUAACUAGAGCUUUUUCAAAAUAUCCUUCUUUCUUAAAAGCAAAAAUUAUUAGAGACAAAAAAUCCAGUAAGUCCAAAGGAUAUGGCUUUAUAAGCUUCAAGGAUCCCAAUGACUUCAUUAAAGCAAUGAGAGAAAUGAAUGGAAAAUAUAUUGGCAAUAGACCUAUCAAGCUUAGGAAAAGCAGUUGGAAGGAUAGAAACAUGGAUGUGGUUAGGAAGAAAUCUAAAGAAAAGAAGAAAUUGGGACUGAGAUGAUGAUUGCUAAAUGAUGUAGAACUUAUUGCUGUAAUUAUUGAUUGUGGCUGUUUUCAAAAGAAGGAACAUUUAUCUUAGAUUGUACUUUAUUAUUUUGCUAGGUUGUGUAAGAUGGUCAGAAAUACUCCAUUAUACAGUUGGUUAGUGACCACAAAUACCAACUCGCAGUAGUAUUUUAUCAAGACCACAAGGUGUAGGCUAAAAAUUUGUUUCUUGUGAAAGUUAUACAAGUAUUGCAAAUGGGUUGAUUCUUUUUCAUCAAACUUAGUAUUCUCAAUCUUCAUAUUCUAACUUCUAGUUAAUUAGUGAAUACUCAAAUUUUUGAAUGACACUAUUAGAAACAAGCCUUGUUUUUGCAUUCAGUUUUUUUAUUCACAAGAAAUUAUUUUAAUAAAAAAAACUGAAUGCAAAAAUAAGGCUUGUUUUGUUUUGUUUAAGACAAACAGCAUAAAACAGGAAGUUAUUUAACACCUUAAAUUCUUUAUGGGAUAUCCUACAGCUCAGCCAAUCAAAAAUCAGAUUUGCAUUUAAAGGUUUACGUUGAAAAGCUUUGCAUUGAAAGGCAGGAUAACCCUUGAAGAAUAAGUUUGCUUUGAUAUGAUUUCUGAGACUGAAAAAAAUCACUAGAGAAAGAAUCUGGGUUAUGUUAGGUGAGUGUACAUGUAUUUUGAUAACAUCAUGAUAUAUAUGRAUGAUCUUGGUAUUCUAUGAAAUCAACUUAUAUUCACCCCUAUUACGUAAAAACGCUUGAAUUUCAAUCUUGGCCAUAUCCCUUGGGUAAAAUAGGUAAUGGAAAUUACUGCUUCUAGUAAAGCUGAGCAACAGGGUGGAAGCCGGAAGGGGGGGGGGGGGUAG